AUGUAUUUGAGGGUCAACGAAGCGGCGGGUGAUGACGUCUCUGAAGCCGAGAUGAGUGGCCUCGACGAAUACUACCUCUCCGACAACCGGCCUUCGGACCAGAAAGGGGAAGCGCAGUUCGCCCGGAAGCCGUCGUCGCAGUCUCGAGCUUCGGGGUCUGACUCGAGCUGCAGUGACGGUGAAUGCGGUUGGGCAAAGAAGGCCGAGGUCUACGAUAGCGACCUCGAGUCGACCAUGUUAGACGUGGGCAAGGCUGCGCAUGCCAAGAAGAUGAGGAGAUGGAAGGCCCUGGCAAAGGACAAGUUCGAGGAGAUGUUGCUCGACUGCAUUGUCAACACGGAGAGCAUCCCUCCAGACUACGAAAACAUCCAUGUUGAUGCCAAGAUCAUCGGCAAGCUGGAACGGGUCACCAAGAUGUCGCUGACCAUGCCCAAGGCAUUCGGACACGGUGUGCUCGCGGGCAACAGGGUCACCGGGGCCGUGCUCUGGGGCCCGCCGGGGACGGGCAAGAGCCUGCUCGCAAAGGGGGUCGCGCGACAAUCGGGCUUCAACAUGAUUCUGGCGUCGACGGCGGAGCUGUGGCAGAAGUGCCACGGUGACGACGAAAAGGUGGUCAAGGCGCUCUUCUCCAUGGCACGGAAGACAUAUCCCUGCAUCGUCUUCAUCGACGAGGCGGAUGCCCUGCUCGGGUCGCGCAAGGCGGGCGAGAAGAGGCACAUCCGGGCGAUGCUGAACCAGUUCCUGAUGGAAUGGGACGGCUUGUCGAGCGGCAUGGACUCGCCCUUUAUCCUGCUGGCGACCAACAGGCCCUUCGACCUCGACCCGGCGGUGCUCCGGCGCGCCCCCAUGCAAAUCCAGCUCGGGAUCCCGACGCUCAUAGGGCGGUGCGGCAUUCUGCAGCUCCUUCUCAAGGGCGAGGUGCUGGCUCCGGAUGUGUCGAUUGCCAGGCUGGCCAUGGUGACGGAGCGGUACACGGGAUCCGACCUCAAGAACAUGUGCGUGGCUGCGGCGACGGAAUGCGUUGGCGAGCUGGAGCAAGACACAUCGAAGCGGACGCUUGAGUUUCGUCACUUCAAGUCGGCCAUGGAGACGAUCAAGGCGACAGGACUGAGCAAGGUGUUGGAGAAGGAGUUCCGGAAUUUCGAGAACCAUGCCCAGUUCGGGACGCAGCAGGCCGACGAUGAAUAG